CUCUAUUUAAAUCGCUUAUGUAUAAUCCAGUGGUUUAUAUUAAUCUGGUGUAACUUCAAUAGCACUGUUCAUGGGUUAUGUGUUUGACCGCUGGUUACCGCGGUGGUGUCACUAAUUCCUAUAAACCAUAGUCUGUUUCCAAUGUCAGUUACAGGUCCUUCUGCUAAUAUUAGUGCUAUAUCUCGUUUGUCUGAGUUUGAGUUAGAGAAGGGUAUAAUUGGCGAGUCGUCAUGGCACAAUCGGUAUAAGGAUUCCUGCUACAUAUUCAUAGGUGGUUUACACCGUCGUAUGACUGAGGGUGACAUUAUAAUUGUAUUUUCUCAAUUUGGUGACCCUAUAGACAUCCAUCUUAAGCGUGACAAGAAGACUGGUGCAUCUCGUGGCUAUUGUUUUUUGGGAUAUCGUGACCAGCGCAGUACUAUAUUGGCUGUUGACAACUUUAACGGCUCUACUUUAUUAGGCCGUCGAAUUCGCGUGGACCAUGUAUUAGAUUACAAGGCACCCGUUGAGUAUGAAGACGAGGUCGAUGACGAGGGUAACAAGAUUCGCAAGGAGUAUAAGGCCAGUGGUGCUGAGGGCCAGGGCAUUGAUAAAUACUAUGUAACUUCCAGCGAGGCUAUAUUGCGUGAUUCUUAUCGGCAUCGUCCACAACGGUCACGUGAGCCUACUGACCGUAUGGAUGAGGACGAACGCUGGGCCUUGGAGUUUGAGAAAUCGUUACGCAGUGCUAAAAAACCGGAACGGCAUUCAUCUGAAGAGAGGUCGCACACUCGGAAGCGCAGGAGUCGAUCUCGGGAGAGUCACCGCCACACUUCACGGUCUCCGCAUGGCAGGGAUCGUCGGAGUCGCCAUCGCAGUGAGCAUCAUCGCCGCCGGGAUAGGCGUUAGAUCGCAUAU